AUGGUGCUCGAACGCGUGAAGCAGAUCGCCCAGCAGCUCACUGGCACUGCCAGGCCAAGCCAUCCACUUGACCCAUUAACCUUCACAGAAAUUGAAUCAGCAGUCUCAAUAUUGCGCAGCGCCCAUGGCAAGCUAUACUACAAUGCCGUCACACUCUUCGAGCCGCCUAAGGCCGAGAUGGUCAAGUGGCUCACGGGUCCAGAGGACGCCGCCAAGCCAGACAGAAAGGCCGACAUCGUGUGCAUUGGCACCGAUGGGAAGAUCUACGACGGCGUUGUGAAUCUGAAAACCAGUGCAAUCGAGAAAUGGGAACAUACGCCAGAUGUACAGCCAUUGAUCACCAUGGAGGAUCUUCAAGCCGUCGAGCACGUAUGCCGUGUAGACCCCAAAGUCAUCGAGCAGUGCGGAAUCAUCGGCAUCCCUGCCUCUGAAAUGCACAAGGUCUAUGCCGAUCCCUGGACGAUCGGCUACGACGAACGCUUCGGUAGCGGCGUUCGUCUCCAGCAAGCCUUAAUGUACUAUCGGCCGCACGUCGACGACUCACAAUACGCCUUCCCACUCGACUUCUGCCCCAUCUACGACGCCACCAAGGGCGAGAUCAUCCACAUCGAUAUUCCUAAAGUCCGCCGUCCAAUCUCUCGCGCGCCGCCACAGAAUUACCACGUCCCAGACAUCGAGAAGGAAGGCGGCUACCGUACAGAUCUGAAACCUCUCCACAUCACACAGCCGGAAGGUGUUUCCUUCACCGUGACCGGCCGCACAAUCACCUGGCAGAACUGGUCAGUACACGUCGGAUUCAACUAUCGCGAAGGCCUGAUCCUAAACGACAUCUCCUUCUACGACCGCGACGAAGGCCGGCAACGACCAAUCUUCUACCGCCUCAGUCUCGCGGAAAUGGUCGUACCCUACGGCAACCCCGAACACCCCCAUCAGCGCAAGCACGCCUUCGACCUAGGCGAGUACGGCGGCGGCUACAUGACCAAUUCUCUCUCGCUCGGCUGCGACUGCAAAGGCGCAAUCCACUACAUGGACUUCGACUUCGUCACCCGGUCCGGCGCCGCCAGCACGAUCAAAAACGCAAUCUGCAUCCACGAAGAAGACGCCGGCAUUCUCUUCAAGCACACCGAUUUUCGCGACGACAGCGUCGUGGUCACUCGCGCGCGCAAACUUGUCAUCAGCCACGUCUUUACCGCCGCCAACUACGAAUACCUCGUCUACUACAUCUUCCACCAGGACGGCACUGUUCAGCUGGAGAUCAAGCUCACAGGAAUCCUGAACACCUAUGCCAUGCUCCCUGACGAGGACACCAAAGGCUGGGGCACACAAGUCUACCCCGGCGUGAACGCACACAACCACCAGCAUCUGUUCUGCCUACGCAUCAACCCAGCCAUCGACGGCUACGAGACAGGCAAUAGCAUCUUCCAAGUCGACGCCACACCUGGCGCCGGCGAGGUCGGCUCCGCCGAGAACUUCUACGGAAACGCCUUCUACGCGAAGAAGACCCGCUUCGAGACACAAAAGGACGGCUUCGGCGACUACGACGGCAACACCAGUCGCUCGUGGGACAUGUCCAACGAGAGCAAGCUCAACAAAUACAGCGGUAAGCCCGUCAGCUACAAGCUCGUAAGCCGUGAAGUACCAAAGCUGCUGCCCAAAGAGAACAGUCUGGUCUGGAAACGCGCCGGGUUCGCGCGGCAUGCCGUGCAUGUUACCAAAUAUCCACCCCGCCGGCCGCCACGUCCCCCAAACAUCCGGCGAGCCUCACAAGGCAUCCCUCUGUGGCAAUCCGCCAAUCCCUCCGCCGCACUGGCCAACACCGAUGUCGUAUUGUGGCACACUUUUGGCCUGACGCAUUUCCCUGCUCCCGAGGAUUUUCCUGUCAUGCCGGCGGAGCCGAUGAGUUUGUUGUUGCGGCCGAGGAAUUUCUUUUUGAGGAAUCCGGCGUUGGAUGUGCGGCCGAGUUUUGCAAGGACGCCGACGCAGGUGGCUGCUGGUAAGGCGGGGAAGGGAGAUGUGGAUGGGGUGAGUGUGCAGGUCUGA